GUAAAUUUCUAAAAGCCCGCUUCUUCUCCCCGCCCUACUCACAUUUCAUUUGCCACUCCGAACAACUAACUCAAUUCCCCCGACCCGAUCCCAUCUCCGUCUCUCUCUCUCUUUCUACGCCUUCUCACUCCAAAAUCCCUCUCUCUCCUUCGAGGGUUUCUCCCCAGUUCCCAAUCCCAACUCUUUCCCCACUUUCUGCUUCUCUACUUCUCUCUUCCACUAAUUCUCAGGUUUUCUCUUCUUUCCAACUUCCAUGGCGUCUCAACACCUGCAACAUAACAAACCAGAGGAUGAAGCUCCUCCUGUCCAGGGGAAACAGCAUCACACUAACCAACCCGAAGACCCGGAAAAAGAAGACACUGACGUGGCUGUCAUAGCAGAAGCUUCUACUGUGGAGGGCCGUCCUGAAGAGCUAAAUGGUGAUUCUAAGCCCGAGGAGAUUAACGAGCAGAAGCGCGACCCGGAAAUUCUUGAAUCGGCUGUGGAACAGGGCACUGCUGCUAAUGACAAUUCCGAAGAUAAGACUGUCGACAAGAAAGGCGAAGUCAGCGCAGAGGAGGAAGGAAGUGAGGAACCCAAGACAGAUACGAAGAAGGAUAAAAGAACAUCUGCCAAAUCCAGGAAGAAAUCUGCCGAGAAGAUAGAGUUAAAAGACCCGGUCACGCCGACAAUUGAGAGGCCAGCCAGGGAGAGAAAGACAGUAGAGCGGUAUUCCGCGCCAUCCCCAGGCAGACUGGGGAGGUCUUCUGCAAGCAAAGUUCUCUCAAUUGAGACGGGCCGCGGCUCUAGCCUCAAGGAUAUUCCAAAUGUGGCUUUCAAACUGUCAAAGAGAAAAGCUGAUGACAAUCUGCAGCUACUACAUACAAUUCUGUUUGGAAAGAAAGCAAAGGCUCAAACCUUGAAGAGGAAUAUAAGCCAGUUUUCAGGUUAUGUUUGGAUUGAUAAUGAGGAAAAACAUAGGUCAAGGGUAAAGGAGAAGCUUGAGAAGUGCGUCAAAGAAAAAUUGGUGGAUUUUUGUGAUGUGCUAAAUAUCCCAAUAAACAAAACCACUGUAAAGAAGGAGGAACUCUCAGCAAAGUUAUUAGAAUUUUUGGAGUCCCCACAUGCUACAACUGAUGUUUUGCUGGCUGACAAGGAGCAGAAAGGCAGAAAGCGACGGAGGGCCAGUUCAGGAAAGGUCGUUGGUUCUGGAGAUUCUGCAGAAGUACCUGCUAAGAAACAAAAAUCACAGCCUACAAAGAAGAGAAAACAGUCGCCUGUUGCUGAGGAGGAAGAGGAGGAUAGAGUUGAAACUUCAAAUGAGAAGGAUGAUUCUCACGAUAAGGAUGGCAAUAAUGAUGACGAUGUGACUGCAUGGAAAGAAGAGAAUAUUGAACAAGAUAGAUCAGACGAGGAUGACAAGACACCAGAGCCAAUGCCUAGUCCGAAGAAUUUAUCCAAGAAGGCUGGCAAAGAUGAUUCUGGGUCUAAACUUGUCGAAAAAUCUUCUACAAAGAAAACUGCUGCAAAAUCUGCCAAAGGUGCUGCAAAAUCCACAAAAAAGUCAUCUAAUUCAGCUUCAAACAAAAUUGAUGCUGGAAAAUCUGCUGGCUCACCAUCAAAACCAAAGGGCACGUCAAAAAAGCAAAAAGUUGAGGAAAAGAAGCCUGUAAAGGAAAAAUCUUCGGGCAAGAAACGAACAAGCAAAGCCCCUGCAAAGGUUUUGGUUGAAGAACAAGGCAAGGGAAAAAACAGCAAGAAAGUUAAGAAAGAACCCAGCAGAGAGGAGAUGCAUGAUGUUGUAGUUAAUAUUCUGAAGCAAGUGGAUUUCAAUACUGCAACUUUGUCAGACAUUCUGAGUCAACUUGGUACCCACUUUGGUGUGGAUUUGAUGCAUAGGAAAGCAGAGGUGAAGGAUAUUAUCACAGAUGUGAUAAAUAACAUGAGUGAUGAGGAUGAGGAAGAGGAAGAGGAAGCCGAUGAUGAUGGUGAUGGUGGUGAUGAGACGGACAAAGACAAAGGCAAAGACAAAGACGAGGAUAAGGAUGCUUAGAGAUUGUUUAGUGGAAUAUGCUUACUUUUCAGUUGAGAAAGCAUCACAGAACGGAUUCCUGAAUGAUGAUCAUCCAGCCCCGUUUGUUUGUAUGAUUGUUACAGUUAAUGUCUACAUAUCUCUGCCACCGUCUGUAUAAUGUAUCAUGUAUCACGUAUCAUUAUCGUGUCGAUUAUUUAGCAUUUUUGUAUGUUACCUUAGCUUAGCUUAGUCCCAUUUUUUUCCCCUUCCCCCACAAACUAAUUGUAUUUUAGCCCUCUCCAUAGAUUACUAAUUUACAUUAUUAUAAUGCAAAGCUGUUCAUGGUGAGUUCCUAUAGCGAA